AUGUUCUACUACUGCUGCUGUCGCCAGCAGUUUGUGGUGAUCCUCGUCUGCCUGCUCUACAUCCUGCUCGUUCUGGUCUUCUUUGUCAACGUUUUUGUCGCGGAUCGCAAUAUGCACGCGAAUCUAAUGAUGAGAAACUCACAUGGGCAUGGUCAUGGCGGAGGCAUAGGAGGAGGAGUGGGCGGCGGAAUGGGCGGAGCACCGUCCGGCGGUCACCACAAUCACAAUCCGUACGACAUGCAUGGCUACAACCACUACAGCAACUAUCAUCCGCAAGUGGAUCCCAAGCAGCAGCAGGACAUGGCCAGGAAGACGCCGAACCAACAGCAGGCCGAGCAGGACAUCUACUACUAUUUCAAUCACGUAUUCAGGCGACGAAGGCGAUGAAGGGAGGAUGAUGAUGACGGGUACCUCAACCCGCCCAAAUCUUAGUGCAUUAACUUAUACUACACACACACACACACCCCCAAAAUACAUAAAUAGUUAUAUAAUUACUAUAUAUAUGAAAUAUAUAUUUAUAGCCAAGGCAGCGAGUUAUGUAAAAAGCGCGAGGUGGAGAUACGUUUUGUAAAAUUGAAUAGUAACCCAACCAAGAACCAACAAUCUGAUAUCCAUACUACUAUACUAUAUAUUAUAUAGUGAAUAAAAGAGUAACCACACCGGAGAAUCGUCAGAUAUAUAUGCCAUUUGGAUCAUAGAUCUGUAUCGAUUCGCAGGCUUCUGAAUUCUGAGGGCGACCAAGCUAGCCCAGCCAAGUAUGCAUUUAUCUACAGGCCCUUAGAGGAAUCAAAUUUAUAAAGAUAUUUAUUGAAGGAUAUACAACCUAAUCAGCUAACCUAGUGCUCUAUAUAGCUAACCAAUAAUAUACAGCUUUUUUAGCCCAGAGCAUGUUAAGGAGAACGUUUUCUAAUUAAAUUAGAAUUUCACUAAAAAAAAAUAAUCAAUAUACAAUAUAUAAUGGGGCUUCUGGCUACUAAGGAUUUCCCCCUCCAUGUUUUCUUAGGCUUUUUUAAAAAGCUUUUUGCACUAGCCUAGUUCAGAGUCCAUAGUCCAUACUCUGAUUUCGAUUUGGAUAUGGAAUUGGAUUCUUUAUCCCUACAAUUUUGUCAAUUUAUUCGUGUAGAAGAGCUCCUCCGGCUCCGGAUCCGGGCAAAGGCAAAAGAUUUGUUCUUGUUUUUUUUUUCUGUGGGGGAAAUACGUGUUUUAAUCUAUAUAUAUAUGAUCUAUAUAUAAUCUAUAUAUAUAUUCUUUUUUGUUAAGAAGUUAAGAAAAUGAUAAUAUUGUUUGUUUCUCUAGCGUUAAAUUAUGAAGAAAAGUAAAUGGGGAAAAUAAUUGUUUCGUUUCACAAAAGAAAUCCUUGAAAGUGCCUUUAAUUUGCUAAAAAGUGUUUUUUAGAUAAAAACCAAUUUAUUAGGUUACCAAUAAUGCAUUAUAGAUCGCAAUUAAUAUACUAACUAACUUAUACAUCCAAGAUAACAAUAUUGAGAACGAAUUUCAGAUGCGAAUUAGGGGAAUACAGAAGAUAGUUUAUAAUGUGAUUGGAGUAAUGUUUUUCUAUGGCAAGUCAAGCUACAUUAACGUAUUAUUAACUUAAUUACACACACUCACCACACACUUGCAUUGGAAUUUAGACCGCUAUUAACGCAUUAUGGCAUUAUGCCUUCGAGAAAUGCUUCGAGUGCAGAAAUCACCCAACAAUUACACCAACUAAUCUAAUCUUAUCCUCAAACUGAAGCAGCGCCAAAGGCUUCGUUUUGUGAACGUGUUACAAAUAAAAUAAAAACUUAUGAAAAUCUU